AUGAAGCCCGAAGAUAUCGAAAAGGCGCACGAAUCACCUUCCCUACGCAGUGUGAGCCCAUUCGAAAUAUAUAACGACUCCUCAAGCGCAAUCAAUGCCGGAAUCGAUACCAAGCCGCAAUCAAGAUAUCGCAGAUUGAUCCAAAGCCUCAAGAAUGUCGAAUCCCAAGGUAUCGAGCGCGUACUCCCCGAGGAGCGCGAGGAAAUGACAGCAUCUUCAACAUUGCACAUGUUGCUCAUGUGGUUCAGCAUGGCACUGGCCACAAAUAACAUCAUUGUUGGGUCCAUGGGAACAAUGGUAUUGGGCCUCAGCUUCAAGGAUGCAGCUCUGUGCGCUGUGUUUGGAAACUUGGUGGGAGCUUCGACAAUCGGGUAUAUGAGCACCUGGGGACCGCGGAGUGGCAACAGAACCUUGAUCGUUUCUCGCUAUUUCAUGGGAUACUACCCUAGCAAAGCCUGCUGCAUGCUCAAUGUUUUCACCAACCUCGGAUAUAGUAUGGUGAAUUGUGUUGUCGGAGGCCAAAUCUUGUCCAAGGUGUCUGGCGGACACCUCUCAGUUCUGGUUGGAAUUGUUGUUGUGGCAUUUUCAAGCUGGGUAAUGGCAAUGUUUGGAAUGCGCAUUUUCCAGAUCUAUGAGCGAGUUGCAUGGCUCCCCCAAUUGAUGGUCCUGUGUAUAAUGGUAGGAUCUGCUGGUCCGCAUUUUGAUUUCAGCACUCGCACGGAGAGCUCUGCGGCAGUUCUGAAUGCUAAACGUAUCUCCUUCUUCUCUCUGUGCCUUUCCGUUGGUCUCUCUUGGGCACCCCUGGCCGCUGAUUAUUAUGUUUAUUACCCGUCUCAUGUCAAGCGCUGGAGAACCUUUGCCGUGACUGUCCUUGGAUGUGGACAAGCGAUGGUAAUCACUUUGGUCCUGGGCAUUGGCUUGGGGACAGUCAUGGCGAGCUCCCCGACAUAUGCUCUGAAGUAUGGAACCGACCCUGGCGGCCUGCUGAUGACUGCGUAUGAUUCCCUCGGAGGAUUUGGCAAAUUUUGCGCCGUGAUCAAUGUGCUCGCUCUGGUCGCCAGCAACACUCCCGGUUCAUAUUCCAUGGGCAUGAACUUUCAAAUGCUCGGCGGAUUCUUUCAAAGGGUCCCGCGACCGAUCUUCACCACGCUGAGCACAAUCAUCUAUACCGCUUGUGCCAUGGGCGGCCGCAACUCCCUCUAUGAGAUCUUCAAGGGUUUCUUGCCAUUGAUCGGAUAUUGGGUUAUCAUUUGGUUCAUGAUUGUUUUGGAAGAAGACGUGAUCUUUCGCAGGAAAAGUGGAUAUGACUGGACUGCCUGGAAUAACCCCCAGAAGCUGCCCAAGGGUAUUGCUGCUGGUAUCAGCUUCUUGAUCGGAUGGGCUGGAGCGAUCCUCGGCAUGAAUCAAUCAUAUUACAGCGGUAUCAUCGCCCAGCUCACGAACGGGUCGGAUCUGGGAAUCUGGAUAGGGGCCGGAUUUACGGCGAUGGCGUAUCCGCCAUUGAGGAUGCUCGAAUUAUCGUUGUAUGGCCGCUAG